AUGAAGUUUGCCAAAGAUCUUGCCAACGAGAGUAUACCCGAGUGGAGAAAGGCUUAUAUUAAUUACAAAGGCCUUAAAAAGAAGAUCAAAGUCAUUGAAAAGUAUCGAAAGGCAAAGGAACGAAAAGCAGCUAUUGAACUUGACCGAGCCUUCCAAGGCUUUGACGCCGACAGUGACCCUGAAAUCCCCCGACCAGCGAUCUAUAAGACUGAUACAGCCGCAACAACCGAAUGGCGUUGGCCUUGGAAUGCAUGGACCCAUGCCGACAAUGCACCUCUGGAUCGCCAACCUUCAUUUCCACACUCUCUCAUUCGACGUUUGUCUUCACGCUUUAAUAAUGACGAGACUGAAAUGUAUCGUGUACCUUCACAUCCAGCGUCAGUACGCAGCUCGGCAACAUUAUCAGUACUAGAGGAGGUUCUGCUUCAUGCAAGUGAACCGGAACGGGCAUUCUUUGCUAUGCUCAAUGGCGAGCUUGAUAAGGUCUCUCGAUUCUAUAAUGAAAAAGAACAGGAGGCAAGGACCAAACUGGAAGCUCUCAAGAUUCAAAUGCAGUUGAUAGCCGAGUAUGGCCGACGUCUACUCGAAAUUGGGGCGACUGACCCAGCACAACGGCCAUCCUACAAUAAUGACGAGUCGCGACAUGAUCAUUGGUUCAAUCGAUUACAGCAACACAGAUUCUCACAUCAGCUCCCUGCCUCCCUUCAACUACCACAAUUAUCAUCCACCGUUGACUAUACUGCCGAUCAUCACGUUAGCUACAAUGUGGCUCGUAGUCGAUUAAAAAAAGCCAUCACCGAGUUUUAUCGCAGCUUGACAUUCUUAUCCUCUUACAAGAUCAUGAACGAGAAGGGCUUUCAAAAGAUCCUCAAAAAGUUCGACAAGACGGCAGGAUGGAAAGCGAGCCCCCUUUAUACACAACGCAUGAAAAAGUAUCAUUGGGUCACAUCUGAAGAUUUGCAGAACAUUAUCAAGGAGACUGAGACACUAUACAUCAAUGAAUUUGCUGAUGGACACCGACGGCGGGGUAUGCGUAAACUCCGUGUUCCUGAAAAGCAAGAGGAUUAUAAUUCUACGACACUGCGUAUUGGUUUAUUCAUAGGCAUCGCCAUCCCUAUGUUGCUAAGAUCUUUACAACUGGGAUUCGACCCAAAGACAGCAAAACAGCUUCCAAAUAUUGAGACCAACUUGCAUAUAUAUGCAUGCUUUUCUUUACCAAUCCUUUUUUGCUUGGGAUUUGCGCUUAACCUGGUGAUAUGGCACAAGAACCGGAUUAGCUACAAGUUUAUCUUUGAAUUGGAUCCAAGACACAAUCUCGACUAUCAUCAAUUUGGCGAGCUGCCGUCUUUUCUGCUGCUGGUCCAGUCGAUCAUGAUGUAUAUUGAUUUUUCUCAAGUCUUUGCACCAACUAUACCCUCGGAGCUGUGCCCGCUUAUUUUAUUCGUAAUUCUUGUUGCCAUCAUGCUUUGUCCUUUCAACAUUCUUUAUUGCUCAGCACGAAAAUGGCUUGCAGUUGCACUGGGCCGUAUCCUACUUAGUGGUCUUUUCAGGGUCGAGUUUCGAGACUUUUUCAUUGCAGACGAGCUCAACAGCCUGGCCUAUUCCUUGUGGACCCUCUCCUAUUUCUUUUGUGCUUAUUCAUGGCAUUGGUCUGAUCUUGAAUCCAAUUGUAGCAUAUCGUUAAUGUGGUACACGCCGCUUAUUGCUUCUCUUCCUCCAUGGUGGCGUUUGCUACAAUGCUUGCGUCGUUAUCGUGACUCGAGUGAGCUGGUGCAUUUGGCUAAUGCGUUAAAGUACACAAGCAGUAUUGUCGCAACCAUCAUUGGUGCUGUGCGAAAAAGUCAUUCAAAUACAGCUAUCACAACCCUGUGGAUUUUGGCGUCAUUUAUCAAUUCAUGCUAUACCUCCGUAUGGGACAUCAAAAUGGAUUGGGGUCUUUUACGCCCUUCAAGUCAAAAUUUCCUUUUGCGAGAUGAGCUUGUCUUCCAUAAAGCGACCUAUUAUCUUGCUUCGAUUCUCGAUGUGUGUCUUCGAUUUGCAUGGGUGACCAAUUUGGUGCGUAUGCGUUUGAAUGGUGACAUCCUCGCAUUCAUUUUGGCAGCAAUGGAGGCAUGUCGUCGUAUACAAUGGAACGUAUUCCGAUUGGAAAACGAGCACUUGAACAAUUGUGGACAAUACCGUGCGAUCAAGGAGAUCCCAUUGCCCUUUGCACUCAAUGAGCAAAUCAAAACCAUCGAUCCACCUGAUGAUAGUAACGGACAUACGCCAUCCACUAAUGGUGUCAAUGGACGAGCUACACCACCCACACCUAUCCCCAUACGUGUUGAAUCACCUGCCGCUGUUGAACCAUCAUCAUGGGUUGUGCCAACAAUGACACCAAGUCGACACGCCUCAAGCUAUGGUUAUGAAUCUCCUUAUAAUGGCUCCUUCUAUGGCCGACGAGACUUUGAGAGCCGACGCGAUCGCGAUGAGACAAGCAAGGAAGCAGCCUCCAUGAGUCAACCCAUAACCACUUUUGAGAACGUGCUUACUCGUAUACGUAGUUUUGGCACAGCAGGUGUUGAAUCAGAUGGUAGCGAUACAGAGCGUGACGAUGAUGAUGAUGAUGACGAAGAUGAAUAUGAUGAUUAUGGUGAUGGUGGUAAUGAUAACGGAGGAGAACACCAUCAUGCUAUAUAA